AUGACCAUUGAGUCUGGUCCAGACGGCGCUGUUUUUGGUGUGACAUUCCGAGGUAUUGUGUACACUCGCCGAGGAAUUACUAAAAAAAAUCCAACUGGUACAGCAUGGAGACCUGUAGGAAAGAAACUUAUGUCUAGUAUAUCUGUUGGUCUUGGCUUUGUAUAUGCUGUGGGGCGACGUGGGGCACCAUUUUCUAGUGAUGUUGCCAAAUUGGUUGGCCCGGCAGGCAUCCCUAGAAAACCAGGAAAACCAGUGGUACCAAAGCCAGAUUGUGGCUGGACAAAAAUGAAGAGAAAGUUCACUGUUAUUGAUACUGGUAUAACUCGAACACCUUGGGCUGUGAACAAACGUGGAAAUAUAUUUACUCUUCUCAAAGGAAAAUGGAUUCAAGUGCCAGGUGGAUUAAGCCACAUAGAUUAA